AUGCUCAACUCCAUUUGGGACUGUAUCUUCGGAACUUUGGAAGAUGAGCCACUUCGUCCCACCGAUGGCCGAUCUCCCGAGUCCAUCGCUUCCGAAAUCCUCACCAAAAUCCUCAACGCGGACACACGUGAAUCUCUCCAGAAACAAUUGAGGGAAGAGAUAUGCAUUACGAGCUGGUCUGAAGCUAUCGCAGAAGCUCUCUUGCACGGCUUGGAGAAUGCUAUCAAAGCCGGGACGGAAAUGGCGCAAGCAGCUGCGGAUGCAGCGGCUAAAAGCAGAGACGCUGCUAUUGACUUCGCGACUGACCAUCCUGUGUACGCCACAUUGAUUGCACUGGGUAUAUUGGCCUUGUUGACACCGUGGGCUCUGGAAAUUCUCGGAUUUGGGGAGUUGGGUCCGAUUGAAGGCUCAUGGGCCGCACUAUGGCAGAGUCGUUGGUAUGGUGGACGGGUACCUAAGCAGGCUUUGUUUGGAUAUUUCCAGAGGUUGGGAAUGAAGUGGCACUGGACUUUCUGA